AUGAAAACAGAGCCAGUGAUAAUCGUUGUGGGAGCAGGUAUUUUUGGUGUUUCUUUAGCGAACCAUCUUGCAAGAGGGAAGGAAAACAUUAAGGUUAAACUAGUUAACCCUUCCAUUUAUGCUUAUUUCCUUCCUUCUGCUGUUCGGUUGACGGUUUCCAAUGAUUAUGGGUCUUCUGUGAUAGCACUGAAAAAAGUCUUAGAUCCUGAGGUAAAUUUCAUCAAAGACAGGGUUGCCAGUUUCACUAAGAAGGAUAUCACAUUAGAAUCAGGCCCUGUUCUUCCAUUUGACGCCCUAGUUAUCGCUACUGGUUCCAGAUGGCCGGACCCAAUAGGAUCUACAUCGAUUUUUGAAGACAAUUUCGAGUCUUAUUUCAAAACCCAGCUAGAUAGGAUCAAGGAGGCGAAACACAUUGUAUUCAUAGGCGGUGGGUAUAUCAACACUGAAAUUACAGGAGAACUGAUUUACAAGUAUGGAAAAGAAAUCAGAAGUGGUGAGAAAAAAGUCUCAAUAAUCCACAGUUCCGACAGGCUGCUUCCGAAUGAUGGAAAGUACGGCAAUUCUUUGAGAGAUAAGGUUACUAAGCAUUUGGCUGAUAAUGGUAUAGACAUAAUCUUGAAUAGUAAGGGUUCAAUAUCGCCAGACAAUCCAAACAGAGUCAUUCUUCAGGGAAGUGAACACGAUUUCAUUGACGGUGAUGUAAUUUAUGAAGGAACCGGGAUCAGCCCUAAUGUUCCGCAUAAUGAGAUACCCAAGCUUUGCGACGAAAGGGGAUUUAUUCGGGUCAGGAAAACUUUCCAGGCAGAGGCAGUUGAAGAAGGUUGUAUAUUUGCUAUCGGGGAUGUCACGAAUUUUGAAUAUCACGGCCUCCUCAAAAGAGAUAACUGGAUCAACACCAUUACAAGAAAUGUGGUGAGUUAUCUUAAUGGUUCAUCGUCAGGUCAACUUGCAUCUGCGAGCACCUACGAAGGUGGGCCUGUACCUGCGGCCGUAUCGCUUGGGCCAGAAGCAGGGCAUGGUCAGUUUCCGGUUCCAUAUUUUGGUACGUUCAGCAUCUCUUCUUUUGCUGUGGUUCAUCUUAAAUCCAAAGAGCUUCUGAGAGAAAAGAUGGAGCCGAUGUAUGCUAAGUAA